AUCGCUAUGGAAUGAGAAGCACCGCCUCCUUUCGACGUAAAAUAAACCAUUGUCGGAAGCUCUUCAGGCUCCACACGGGACGUCGCUUGUCUUGGGCCUUGUUGUCUCUGGCUUUCAUGUGCGUCCUCGUCAAGUUUGUGCUGCUCAAUAUGCUUUUCCAGCUCAGAUUAGAUCCCUCCAUUCAUUCUAACGUUGUUCAAGAUAUACCCUCGCCGCCUGUGUUGCUGACUCCUGAAGUAUGGAAGCAGCCUAACAGUGACAACUAUUACAAAUGCGUGGACAGAGAUCGUAAAAGGAGAUCAAACGCCACAAAUGGUUACCUUUUGGUUCAUGCCAAUGGAGGCUUAAACCAGAUGAAAACCGGCAUUAGUGACAUGGUUGCCAUUGCAAAAAUAAUGAAUGUCACCUUGGUUUUGCCUUCAUUAGAUCAUCAUUCCUUCUGGACCGAUCCUAGUGGUUUCAAAGACAUUUUCGAUUGGAAUCACUUCAUCGAAGUUUUAGCAGAUGAAGUUGAUAUAGUGGAGACUCUACCACCCCCGUUAGCACAAAUCAAGCCGCUUGUGAAGGCUCCGGUUUCUUGGUCCAAGGCCAGUUAUUACAGAGGGGAGAUAUUGCCAUUGUUGAUGAAACACAGAGUGGUUUCAUUCACGCAUACUGAUUCCCGCCUCGUGAACAAUGGUCUGGAUAAUUCCAUCCAGAAGGUGCGUUGUCGUGCAAUGUACGAAGGACUUAGGUUCUCAGAGCCAAUUGAAGAGCUCAGUAGGAAGUUAGUAAAUAGACUUAGAAAAAACAACAGCAACCCAUACAUUGCACUCCAUUUAAGAUAUGAAAAGGACAUGCUUGCUUUCACAGGCUGUAGCCACAACCUGACAAAAGCAGAGGCCCAGGAGCUUAGAAAGAUGAGAUACAGAGUGAAGCAUUGGAAGGAGAAAGAGAUCGACGGCAGAGGAAGGCGGCUGAGGGGACGAUGCCCCAUGACUCCGAGGGAGAUGGCAGUGUUUCUGGAGGCUCUCGACUUUCCACUCGACACAACAAUUUACAUAGCCGCGGGCGAUAUUUAUGGCAAAAACGGAAUCAGCCACCUGCUGGCCAAGUACCCCAAUGUGUUCUCCCAUUCCACUCUAGCCACCUACGAUGAACUAAAACCGUUCAAGCUCCAUCAGAAUCAACUCGCCGCUUUGGACUAUGUCAUCGCGGUCGAGAGCGAUGCUUUUGUUUUCAGCUACAACGGGAAUAUGGCCAAGGCAGCCAGGGGCCACAGACGGUACCAAGGUUUUCGAAAGACCAUUGACCCAGACAAGCAGAAAUUUGUGAGACUAAUUGAUCAAUUGGACAAUGGUUUGAUAUCCUGGGGCGAUUUUAAACUAAAGGUCAGGAGCCUACACGUAAACAGGGUGGGAGCACCAAGUCUUAGGAAGAGCAAGCGACACCCAAAAUUUGAAGAGAGCUUCUACGCAAACCCCUAUCCCGGUUGCAUUUGUGAGAGGUCGAGGAACACCAUGGAAAUCAAUGACUAGCCUGUGGGAUUAUUUUGGCCGUGUUACUGAAAACUUCAGACGAAGUGAAGCGCCCGUUGCUGUUGGCAUUUUCAAGCUUCAGAUUCUACGGAGUCAGUUUUUUUUUUUUUUUUACUGGAUUCAGUACUGCUUGUAUGUUUGUAUAGAGAAUUUUGGCCGCUAGUUUUGAAAUAGCACCGUUGUCUUUUUUUUUCACAUUAGUCUUACUGAG